AUGAUUUUUAAUAAAUUGUUAGUGUUACCAAGAUCUCCUAAUACACUUAAAACAUUAUGUGGAUAUUGUAAUUCAUUUAGGGUUAGAAACAACAAUUUAAUCGUAAUAACGAAGAAUUCAUCAUUAAAAAUAAAACCUAAACAACAAAUUAUUAAUAGAUAUUUUUCUUCAAAAUCAUUAUUAUUUUCAAGUGAACCUUUAAAUCAAAAUUUAUUAAUUCAAAAAAAAAAAAUACCACGUGGAAAAGAAAAAAGUUCUAAUGUUGAUACGUUAAGUCCUCAAACAAAAAAAGUUCUUAAAAGUUUAGGUAUUUUAAGUGCGGGAUUUGGUGUAAUAUUUACUAUUUACUUGGGAAGGCCAUUUACAAAUGAUCGAGAAGAUCAGUAUAAAGAUUUAAAUGCUUUUCAAGCAUGGUAUAUGCGAUUGCAGGCACGUACAAAUGAUAUUACGCAUUUUUUUACAGAACCUUCAUCAGAUAAAUUAUUACCAGAUAGAGAUACAAUACCAAAUCUUCCUCCAUUAACGCUAGUGAUCAAUCUUGACCAAACUCUUAUUUAUUCUACUUGGGAUAGAAAAAAUGGAUGGAGAACAGCAAAACGGCCGGGUGUUGAUUAUUUUUUAUAUGCUGCUUCAAAUCUUUUUGAAGUGGUCAUAUUUACUUCCCAGCCUUCUUAUGUUGCAGAACAAAUACUCGCAAAGCUCGAUCCACUUGGCAUGGUUCCAUUUAGACUUUUCAGAGAAUCAACGCGAUAUGUAGAAGGAAAGGAUAUUUCCAAAAUAAAUCGAGACCUAUCUAAAGUAAUAGUUAUGGAUUCUAAUCCUGUUGCUUAUUCUAUGCAACCUGAAAAUGUGAUCACUGUUCCUCCAUGGACAGGGGAUCCUAAUGAUACUUAUCUAGUUGAUAUCAUUACAUUUCUCGAAGGUAUUUCUUUAUUGUUAUCUGAAGUUCAAGAUAUUCGUCCAGUAGUUAAAGAAUUUCAAGGAAAGAACGUUACAAAAUUUUAUCCGGAAUGGGAAGAGCAAUGGAAAAACAAGCAUCAUCAAGAAUGGGAAAAAGCUAAACCAAAAAAAGAAGGUUUGGCUAGAUUUGUUUCAAUGAUUGGUGGUAGUCAAGUGCAUGAACAAGUAAUGCCACAAUAUCAACAAGCAUUAAUUCACCGUCAGAUGGUUCAUGGUGAAUUACUGGAACAUUAUAAAUCUAUAAAAGAUAGAGGUCCAGAAUUACAACGUGCGAUAGAUGAUUACGAGAAAAAAAUUCAAGAAAGCAUGAAAGAGCAAAAAAUUACGCACUGGGAUUUAUUAACUAAGGUUGGAAACCAAAAAUUUGAAGCAAAGUGUGUACAAGGAGAACAGGAAAGUCGUACAGAAAUGUCUAUUACAAUUCGCGAUAUUUAUGGUGGUUGUGUUAAAGGUUUUAAGCAAAGUUUUAAAGAGGAGCGUCAUUCAUGCUUGAAUUUAGUCCUAAUAGUAAAAUUUCACAUAUCAUUUGAAAUCGAAUGGAGCUACGCUGCUAAUGAAUCUAAAUCUUCAAUCCAUUCAUCUAAUGAAUAA